CUGCUUGUUGUGUUCCGGGUCUCUAGAGAGAAAUCAGCGCUUUGUUUCCUGUCAGAGUCUCUGUUGCACCCGAUCAGCUGAGAUCAGAGCUCACCUGUCCGUCAGGCUCAGCUGGCUUAAUGUCAAAACACACCUGACGUCACAGAGCUGCGUCACUCUAACGGUUGGCCGACAAACUAUGGUUUCCAGAUGGACUUCCGGUUCUUCCUGCAAACCGAGGAAGGUCAAGAUAGAGCUGAUGUGCUUCCUGCACAGUUCACUGUUUCCUCUGAUCUUCUGGACAGCUCAGGUUCUGGUCCGGCCAUGACCCAGCAGGAGCAGCAGAAGUUCGUAGACCGCUUCCGGGAGGCCCUUGCUUGGAUGCAGGACAUCCAGGAGCAGCUGAGGGCCAACGACAACACGGCAGGGCCCCGAGAUGCCCUGGAGGCCCGACUCAGGGAGACUGAGAAAAUCUAUCAUUCGAAGGAUGAAGGUCAGAUGAUUGUGGACCAGGUGGUGAUGGCAGCAGAGAAGCUUCUGCAGACUGGAGAUAAGGAGCUGAGGAACAGCACUAACAGUAAACUGAAGGAGCUAAAGAGCCAGUGGGAGGAGACCACCACUUCAAUCGUCUACUGUCACAGCCGGAUUGAGUGGGUGUGGCUCCACUGGACCGAGUACCUGAAGGCAUAUGGAGAGUUUGAGCAGUGGCUCACUAAGCAACGCUGUCUCCUGGACCUCAAAGUGGAGCUGCAACUGGGCUUGAAAGAGAAGCUGUGGCAGCUGGACCAGCAGAGGGUGAUGGUUAGUGAUGUCAAAAGCCAGGCGCCACUUUUGGAGAGGCUGCUGGAUGAGGCGGAUGUGCUACACGGCAGGACAGAGGACCCCAGUGUGAAUGCUCAGGCCCAGCAGAGGCUGCAGGAGGACUAUAAUGAUGUUCGAGACCAGGCCAAGGAGCGUCUGAUGCUGCUGCAGAAGAUCAGCGAUGACCACCAGAUGUUUAACAGCCAUGCUCAGAAAUUCCAGUCCUGGCUGGUGUCUAAAACCAGACAGCUGACGGAGCUGAUGAAGCGGGACCAAACGCCUGAGAACCAACUGAAAGAUUUAAAGACUCUGGAUGAAAGCGUGGCCUGUGAGGAGGAGACCCUGCAGCAGAUCGAAGUCAUGGCAGAGGCCGUCAGAGCCAACACGUCUCCUGCUGGAGCCGAGGCUGUGCAGGAGGGGGCAGAGGAGCUGCGUCUGGGCUGGCAGCGCCUCCGACAGGGUCUCUGUGUGGCUGAGGAGGGUCUGCACUGCAGCUUGGACUCCCACAGUCAGUACCAGACCCGGUGCCACAACCUGGGGGAGGAGAUAGGCCGGAUCAGGGUGCUGCUGCAGGAACUGGAUCAGGAGUUGGAGGACACCCAGGAGUCCAAGAGCUGUUCAGAGACUACUGAAGAGCAGAUGGAGGGACAGUGGAGGAAAUACUCGGGUGUGAGGAAUACUCUGGCAGGGAAGGAGUCUCAGGUGGAGCUGCUGAAGUCUCAACUGAAGGAGCUCUUCAGGUUCUCUAAGGACUCUCGUCACCUUUCAGACGACGUCCUGGCUGUUGUUAAAGAACAUCAGAGUGUGAAGUGCAGAGCUUCCAGACUCUGUUCGGAGUCACAGCUGGAGCUGAGGAGCAUCCUCCAGGACCCCCUACUGAACUUCUCUCAGUGGAAGAACUCCGUCUCUCAGGUGAUGGAGGCCUCCAGCAAUGUCAGUGACUUCUCCCACAAGGUCAUGCUAAUGCAGAGGAUACAGGGUCUCCUGCAGAACAGCGUCCAGCUGCAGGAGCGUCUCAGUCUGCUGCAGGUGAAAGGGGACCUGCUGGACUCAGUGUUUGGUCCUGAGGGGUCUGACAGCCUUCAGGAGGACCUGAGCAGCGCCGUCAAGACCAGAGAGCUGCUGCACAAUAAGCUGUUGGAGCGGGAGAGCAGACUGCAGAGUUUAAUAUCCAGAACCAAAGACUUUGACAAAGCGUUACAGCUGAUCCUCACCAAGUCGUCGGCGUACAGGGAGCGACUGCUGGCUGCUGAUGUUCUUCAGCCAGACAUCCUGGCCAAGAGGAGCCAGCUGGACCAGAUGCUGGUUCUUCAGAAAGAGCUGGAGGACGGUGAGGCCCAGCUGACGGCUCUGAAGACGCUGGUUUCUUCCAGUCAGAGCAGCGGGGCUCAGUACGAGCAGCUGUGUGCUGAUUGGACCGAGCUUCACAGGAGAGUCAUGGCCAAAGUUCAGGACUGUGCAGAGAUCGUCUCGGACCAUGAGAGUUUCCACAGUGACCUUCUGAACACGGAGAAGUGGAUGAUGGUCAUGAGCCAGAAGCUGGAGUCGUUCCGCAGCUCGACAGGAGGAUGGAGUGUGGAGGGACGCCAACCCGAGGCCCAGAGACUUCUGGGAGAGUUUCCUGAGAAGGAGCUCCACCUGCAACAGAUGGAGGUUCAGAGUGAAAAGGUUCUGAGCAGAACCUCAACGGACGGGCAGGUCCACAUUCUGAAUGACAUGGAGCGGGUCAAAGAGCGCUGGUAUGACCUGCAAACAUUGAGCCUGAAUCUGAACAGGCUGCUGGACGGCUCCUCUGAGACGCAGUUUGGAUCAGCAAAGAGUAGUAAACAAUUUAAACCAGAACUUCUUCCUCCAGCACAGACCGUCAUCAGACCUGAUUCUAAACCACAAGUACAGGAUAGUUCUGGUUCUUGCCAAACAGACGGGCCUACAGGAGGAGGUGAAGCAGACAGUUUGGAGACGGCAGCGUCUUCAAGAGACGAUGCCAGCAGGGACAGCAGAGGACUCAGCAAAAUCAAUUGGAGUCAGUUUGAGGCCUGGCUGUCCAGGGAGUAUGAAGUUCUGACAAAAAUAACGAAAACGGACAAGCAGGGCCUGAGUGCUGAGGAGGUCCAAACCAGACGGGGAUCCUUGCAGGCUUUAAUAUCCAGACUGCCUGAAGGUCAGCAGAUGUUUCAGCUGUUGCUCCAGCAGACCCAGAACAAUCAGGGUGUUGAUGAAACUCUGGAGGCCCUUCGAUACCGUUGGAUGCUCUACAAAACCACACUAAAGGAGGAGUACAACAACUUGACAAUUACACCAACUACCAAGAGAGAUCCAGACUAUGGGAAUGGGGCAGUCCCUGAAACAAGAACAGAAAAGAAACCCGGGCUGCUGCAUAGGAUUUGUCGCUUGGCUCUUCUUUUGUGGCUCCUCUUCCUUGCUCUGCUGCUCCUCGCCUUCCUGCUGCCGCUCCUGGACGACGGAAACAGCUGCUCGCUGUCCAACAACUUCGCUCGAUCCUUUAACAUCAUGCUGCGCUAUGACGGGCCUCCUCCUACAUAAGAACCAGAACAAUGACGAGUGUCUGAGCGGGUCUGAGCAAAGACCUGAGCUCCGACUGGAGAACUUCACCUUUACUCAGCAUAAGUCUCUGCUGUCUUUCGCCAUUUGCUCUUGAUUUUACUUUAAUACCAGACAUAUGCUGAUUCAGCCUGCAGCAGCUUACAGUUUUACAGCUUGGUAACUCCGUGUCAGUCUGGCCACACCAACCACAGCCCACCUGGCUGCAGGUGUUCAUGCUGAUGAUGACGUGUAGGCGGCUACAGCGCCCCCAUAUGGAAGCCUGAUCAUUUGAUGCAGGAGGCCAUCAGAGCAGCAACACAUCAAUCAUGUGAACACUUUAAGUAACACAACUUAACAUCAAAUGAAGUUUUAGUUCAUUUUCUGUUUUAUAAUAAUCUCUACCAGCGGAAGGCUUUAUGUUGCUCCAUUGUUUAUUUAACAUGUUUCUGAUUCAGUAAUAAAUACAUAUUCUGACCUGG